GGGCUAGCUACAGCACCAGAUAUUGGUCGCCGUCGGCGGAUCUGCCUUUAGUUGCAGCAUCUCCACGGAGAGCGUCGCUCGAGACCAUGUUCACCAACUUCACCGGCAAUACACGGCGGCCGCGUCAGGUCAACCUCUCAGGCCGAAAGACGAACCCGUUCGGCACAACGGGCACCGGCGCCGGUUCGCAAGCUGCUCUCGACAGAGCCCAGCAAGAACGAGCACAGAGACAGCGAGAUCGCGACACGCUCAAUGCGGCUAAGCAGAUACAAAGAGUGUGGCGAGGCCAUGCAAGCAGACGGAGGGUCGCCGACUUGCUAAGGCAGGAAUGGGACGCCUUUGAGGCCGCAGACCCGAUGUACCACGAGAAAUCCGCGUUGUCACAGCUACACCGGCUGUUGCGGUUUGCUUCCACACGAGAGGAGCAGGAUCUCGAACGGAUACGACACUUCGGAGAUCGACUUCGGUUGGUGGAAGAGGCGGAGGAUGGGUUUCGCGACGAACCCUGGCCAUCGGCACAUGUGAAAUAUGAGAAGUUGCUGCUGGCGGCUCUGCAGCGACAAAAUAAAGGCCCGACAUCCCGGUCACAUGAAAACCUUAUCUCUAUCCUAAGGUUUGUCGCAGGACAGAUUCCAUCGGAAACAUCGCAACAUGCGAAACCCUACUAUCGGACCCUUGCCGAAACCAUAUCAGCGCUCGCGCCAGCCUUGGCAGAUCCAUCUGUCGAAGGUGCGCAAGACAUUCAUGCGGAAGCCAGCAACUGGAAAUCUUGGGAAACCUUCCUCGAAACAAUCCUGGUGCCACUCAAGACAGUGACUGGAUACACCCUGGACGCAUAUGAGGCUUUUGGUCAUAUCUUCCUGACGCUUCCGUUGCUGAGCUCUGACUCGACGUUGCCUCUUUUAUGCCGUUUUAGAGACUCGCUCGCUGAGUCGAUAAACUACAAGUUACUUGCGAGUGCACUGGCUACCUCGUUCAAGACCUCAGGCGUACAGGCGUACCCGCAGAUGCGAAGUCCGACAAGCCGGCUGCGGUUGCUUGGGCUGUUCAUCUACUUUCAUCGAUAUGCACACAACUUCAAUCGGCCAGAAGCUUAUGCGAUUCAUCAAGAUUUUGUCACGGUAGUGUCAUUGCUUUUGAACUCUAUUUCAGUCAACAGUCUCGGUGAAGAAGAUGAUGUCAUAGAUCUUACCGAUCAGGACGACUUUGCUACGGAUAGAGUGACUCAAUUUCUGAAAGACCAAGUGCAGUCUUUGGUGAACCAAGAAGGUAUUGGCAGCCUAUUGGCUGGAUCGUCGCAUUCGUCUGAGGUUUCCGAGGAUGACAAGAUCGAAGAGGCAAGACAGCUCGCAAACUAUGCUCUUGCCCUACUCCGGUUCUUCCCCAAAAGAGGCGACGAGAUACGGAUGUGGCUGUACAUCGGCCCUCCAGACAAGAAGGAGAGUGGACGCAAGUCACCUGCCAUCAGGUACUUCUGGGAAGCUUCAAAGCGUUCAUCAGUAUUCUCGAUCAUCUUCCGCGACUCCCGCGCUGCAAUCGAGCUUUUGAAGGCAAAGACAUCAGAGCCUUCUGCUUCGAGUCUGACGCAGCACGGCUUCUGGCAGCCAGCGCAGCAAGAGAUCAACCGCGAAGCAGCUAUCGCUGAUGAAUGGAGAGUCAUUCUGGUAUUUCUCGAGUUGUACACGUUCGUGUUGAAGGUCACAGACGACGAAGAGUUUUUCGCUGCGGGACAACAGGAUGCCUUCUCCAGCCAAGUCCGCGAUAGCGGUCUCCCUCUCUCGGAAGUCAAGAAUCUAACAACAUUCUUGAAGAACCUUGGGUUUACACUGUACUUCAACGCAGCAGACAUUACUCCAGCAGAGGAGCGCACAACCGCAAAUACCGGUCUCAACUUCUACAGCCAUCAGGUUGCGGAGUCUCAGCCAGCCAAAGAGGCGCAGGAACUCUCGGUUGGCGGAGUUGCAGGCCUCAGUCUUGACUAUGUCAAAGGCCUAGUUACCGGGCUUCUGCGCAUGGUGUAUGAGAGGGACUCCCGUCGCAACUUUUUGCCCUCGGAUCACUGGCUGAUGACUUCACGCUUCGACAUGACUGGCUUUAUUCCGGCUGUCGUGGAGGAGGAAGAAUCACGACACAAGAUCCAAGACGAGGAUGCUGACGAUGUGGACGAGGAGGAAGAGAUCAUCGAUGACACGCCACAAUUGAUCGGGACAAGCCGUGUGCAACAGCAGCGUAGACUGGAGAGGUUACAACGUCAGCAGCGCAAGGCUUCACGCAGAAGGUAUCUGCAGGCUGUUGCACCGCGCUUGGAGAUCUUGCAGAACAUGCCGUUCUUCAUACCGUUUACAACUCGCGUCAAAAUCUUCCGCGAAUUCGUCCACCUCGAUAUGACGAAACGGAGAAACACUGCCGAUCCUGAGGCUUGGCGCGCGAGGAUGAUGUUUGGUGGUGGGCCUGGUGACAAGCACUCCGCACGCAUUCGUCGUGACAACGAGUUUGAGGAUGCUUACGAGCAGUUCUACUCGCUGGGUCAGGGACUCAAAGAGCCCAUACAGAUCACCUUUGUCGAUCAAUUCGACGCUCCUGAGGCUGGAAUCGACGGCGGUGGUGUAACGAAAGAGUUCCUGACCAGCGUCACAAACCGCGCUUUCAUGCCCUCAGACAAUGUCGACAUGUUCGUCGAGAACGACCAGCACCUGCUCUAUCCAAACCCGGCAGCGGUCGAGGAGCACAAAGAACAACUGAAGCAAGCUGGCCUGCGUGAGAACUCGCCCGAGUUCCGACUACAUAUUACCGAACUGCUUCAUCGCUACGAGUUUCUUGGACGCAUCAUUGGCAAGUGCUUGUACGAAGGUAUCUUGGUGGACGUCAACUUCGCACCAUUCUUCCUUCGCAAAUGGGCAUUGACAGGCGGCACUGGCUCUGCCCCUAACGAAUCUGGCUACCGACCAACCCUGAAUGAUCUUCGCGAUCUCGACGAGGAGCUGUACCAGGGUCUUCACAAGCUCAAAACCUACACUGGCGAUGUCGAGGAUUUCUCACUCAACUUCACUGUCACCGACACCGUUGUUACUAAGCAUACUACAUCUCCUCACAAGACGAAAACCAUCACCAAAGACCUCAAACCUGGCGGCGCCGAUACAGCGGUUACCAACCAGAACCGUCUCGUCUACAUCAGCUACAUGGCGCGCCACCGCCUGCAGAACCAGCCCUACCUGCAAACGGCGGCGUUCCUGCGCGGCCUCAGCACCAUGAUCCAACCUUCGUGGCUUUCCAUGUUUAACCAAUCGGAACUCCAGACCCUCAUCUCUGGCACCCGCACGCAGAUUGACGUCGAGGACCUGCGCCGCAAUACCAUCUACGGUGGAACCUACGUGAUUGGCGAUGAUGGCCUCGAGCACCCGACCAUCCAGCUCUUCUGGCGGAUUAUGAAAGACAUCAACGACGAUGAGCGGCGUGCUGUCCUCAAAUUCGUCACUUCAACACCAAGGGCGCCGCUGUUGGGAUUCGGAACGUUGAAUCCAAGAUUCAGUAUCAGAGACGGUGGGAGUGACCAAGAGCGGCUGCCGAGUACGAGCACAUGUGUCAACCUGCUGAAGCUGCCGAUGUACAGGGACUAUGAACUAUUGAAGGAGAAGCUGCUGUAUAGCGUAUUCAGUGGGGCUGGGUUUGAUCUCAGCUAGGACGUAAUUCUUAUAGAUGAAUGGUUGGUUUAGUGAGAUUCGAAGCCCACCUGCGCGAUUUGCACAUGUUUAGCACGUGACCUAGAAAAACGCGAGCAGUUACCGAAGUGGAGGUGCGAGAUGAAGCCGUCAAAAAAAUCAAUUGCUCGCUUCAGCACGUUUGCGCUAGUAAAGAAGAACAGACCGUUUAUCCGACCAGCAACACGGAGAUUGGGUUCCGAUGUUGGAAGCAACGGCUGCAGGGUCUCGAGGUGGGCUUUUCAAACAUGGGUAACGUGUUUGGCACGUGGAAAUUCAAUGGAAUCACAA